AGCAAACAAAAGUGCACUUCUUUGUGAUCGAAAUGACUGAAAAGGCGGCGAAUACUGACAACCUAAAGUUAGGCUUUGGGGUGUGGUUGACGUUGUGUUUUUUGGUUUGCGUUUGGUUUUUGACCAGUUUCACGAAGGGCCGGAGGCAGUUCCAGAGUAACCUCAGCGUCAUUGAAGAUGGGUUGAAGAAAAUGCAGAAGGAGGUGGAAGAAACGGAAGGUACCUGCGAUGACGAUGAAAAGGACGACGACUUAGAUGCCUUUUUGGAAAAAUUCCAAAAGGACGAAGAAUCAAGGGAAAAAGACAUCUAUGAAAGCUUUGAAGAGAGACAAACAAGGAAGAUUCUUGAACUUGGAACUGAUUUGGAUGAGUUGGAUAGGUUUUUGGAGAAAUUCCAACAGGAGGAGGAUGAACGAGAACAAUACAUGAAGAAACGGAGUGAGGAUAGAGCUCAAAGGAGAGCUAACGUCAGAGCCGUUGAAGAGAACGAGAAUAAGAAAAAUGAGUUGGUUGAAGAGAAGGAGAAACCACCAGAAUCGCCUGUGAAGAAGAUUGUAGAUAAUGGGGAGCCAAAGAAGGAAGUUUGAGUUGG